GGUCUCAGCGGUCGUAAAAAGAUAACGGAUGUAUUAAUAAUAAAGUCUAGUUACAAGAAUUAAAGUUUAGUGGAGGUCACAUGUUCCUCGUGUAGACUGCAGCUACGGUCUAUAGCCAGACCUUUGUCUUCUAGACGUGUGACUCCUCCCCUCUUCCAUGUGACUGAUCACGUGACUGUGACAUGGCAGGUCCUGAAGCAAAGAGGAAACUACAAAGCGGCCCGUACAGCUCUGCAGCCAGGUGGAGCUUUCUAUAAUACAGGAUCUUUUACCGAUAAUUCUUCUGACCACUCAAGGAUGAAGAGAGACAGGAACAAGAUGGCCGACAAGAUCAUAAACCUCACCCUACAGAUACUCUUCCGGCUUACUGGAGAGGAUUACACAGUAGUGAAGACGUCCUCUAGUGGGCGCUGUCGAACCCCUGUGUGGGAAGGAUGGGGAGGAACCCUGAGCCCAAUCCUGGAGCCCCCACCUCACCCCCUGAUACAUGAGGAAAUGGAGGAACAGAAGAUCCGAGAACUGAUCAACAAGAUGAUGGAGCUGCUGACUGGAGAGGUUCCUAUAAGGUGUCAGGACGUGGCGGUGUAUUUCUCCAUGGAGGAGUGGGAGUAUGUAGAAGGACACAAGGAUCAGUACAAGGAUCAGGUGAUGAUGGAGGAUCAGCAGCCCCUCACAUCACCAGUCAGAUCCAGUAAGAAAACAGCACCAGAGAGGUGUCCCAGUCCUCUUUUUCCUCAGGAUCAGGGAGAAGAUCUGAACAAUUUAAAUGCUCCAGAGACAAACGUGAGCAGUGAUGAGCAGUAUAAGGAGCAUAUUCACACAGGGAAGGAUGUGAUCUAUUUUAAUGCUACAGACAUAAAGGUAGAAGAAGAGGAGACAGAUGUGAGCGGUGAUGAGCAGUAUACGGAGGACAUUCCUACAGGGAAGGAUCUGAUUUAUAUUAAUGCUACAGACAUAAAGGAAGAAGAAGAGGAGACAGAUGUGAGCGGUGAUGAGCAGUAUAAUGAGGACAUUCCUACAGGAAACCGCCCCGAUGACUGUACCAGGAGAUCAGAGGGACAUGUGAUGUCUUCAGAUUUUACCACAUAUCACAGAACAUAUGAAGAACAUUCCAUUAUCCCAGAUAUACCUUCAGUCCUUCACAGCCAAGAUCUCUCAUCUCAUCCUUUUAACUCAGUUCUAAGUUGUGAGCCAUUGCAGUCUUUUAAGCAAAAUAAGGAGAAGCCAUUUUUAUGUUCAGAAUGUGGGAAAGGUUGCAUUUCAAAAUCACAACUUAUUAACCAUGAAAUAAAUCACCUACGCGAGAAAUCAUUUCCAAGCCAAAAGUGUCGAAAAAUGUUUACUCCGAAACGGGAUCUACAUCAGAAAACUCACACAGGAGAAAAGACAUUUUCAUGCCCAGAUUGUGGGAAAUGUUUUUCUUGGAAAACACAUCUUGUUGGACGUAAAAAAAUUCAGACAGGAGAGGAGCCGUUUUCGUGUUCAGAAUGUGGGAAAUGUUUUACUCUACAAUCAAAUGUGGUUCAACAUCUGAGGAAACCUUACUCGUGCCAAGAAUGUGAGAAAUGUUUUACUCGGAAACAAGAUCUCCUGCUACAUCAGAGAACUCACACAGGAGAGAAGCCGUUUUCGUGUCCUCAAUGUGGCAAAUGUUUUAAUCAGAAGUCAAAUCUUGACAAACACAAAAAAAUUCACUCUGGGGAGAAGCCAUUUUCAUGUGCAGAAUGUGAGAAAUGUUUUACUCGAAAAUCACAUCUUGUUGAUCAUCAAAGAACUCACACAGGGGAGAAGCCAUUUUCAUGUUCAGAAUGUGGGAAAUGUUUUACUCAGAAAUCUAGUCUUGUGAAACACGAAAAAGCUCACACAGGGGAGAAGCCAUUUUCAUGUUCACAAUGUGGGAAAUGUUUUACUUACAAAUCGAAUCUCGUUGAUCAUCAAAGAACACACGCAGGGCGGAAGCUAUUUCCAUGUCCAAAAUGUGAGAAAUGUUUUGCUCAGAAGGCAAAUGUUACUAAACAUCUAAAAGCUCACACAGGGGAGAAGCCUUUUUCAUGCCAAGAAUGCGGGAAAUGUUUUACUCAGAAAUCGAAUCUUGUUAAACAUCAAAAAAUCCACACAUGGAGAAGCCAAAUUUGAGCCCUAAAUGGUGUUUGGAAUAGACUUAUUAACAAAAAAAUAAAUAAAGCACCCAUGUAGAAAUCCCCAAUAAAUGUAUCAUUUUGCUCUAAUAGUGUAAUAAUUUCUAAAUCUCCUCAUUACAUUUAAUAAUAUACAUACUGCAUCUCCAAACGUAUUACCAGUUGUUAAUAAAAGUUUUCAUUCUUCUAUCCAUCUCAACGCUAGAGUUCUGCAUGAUAGGAAAAG